AUGAGCUUAGCUAAUAAUUCAUCUGUAAAAAAACCAUCUUCAACUGGUACAACUGAUUCACCAUAUCUUGGUUCAAAAAUUAGUCUUGUUUCAAAAGCUAAAAUUCGCUAUGAAGGUAUUCUAUAUACAAUCGAUGCUAAUGAGUCCACUGUAGCACUUUCAAAAGUUCGUUCGUUUGGUACAGAAGAUCGUCCGACAGAUCGGCCUGUACCAGCUCGUGAUGAAAUCUUCGAAUAUAUUAUUUUUCGCGGUGCUGAUAUUGAAGAUUUACAAGUUCGUGAACCUCCGCAAAGUACUCUUACACAAGAUCCAGCUAUUGUUGAAUCAUCAAUGUAUCCACCUACUGUACGUUCUACUACGAGUGGAACAAACAGCAACCUCGGAGGUAACCAAGCACGUUCAUCAACAAAUCAAGGCACAAUGCCAUCGGCAUCUGUUCAACAAGGGCCUAACAAAGGAUCAAAAUCAUCAUCUAAUACAGAUCCAUUACGUCAGUUAAAUUUAAAUCAACAACAAUCAUCAAGACCAUUCAGCCAACAAUCAACAUCGGCACAACCCGAAGGACAAGAUUAUUCAUAUAACAAUAAUAAUCAACGACGUGGUCGUCAACAACAAGAUUAUUAUAAUGAUUUUAGUAGCAAUCAAAAUAAUAAUAAUCGACGAGGAAAUCAAAAAUAUGGUUAUUCUGAUUGGUCUCGAACGAAUAAUUCCGCCUGGGACAACGGUUACCGUCAACAACAAACACAACGAUAUCCUCGACAACAACAAUACCAACAGCAGCAGCAGCAACAACAACAACAACAACAAAAUUAUGAAGGCAAUCGUUUUUAUGCAGGAAAACGUACCAAUAAUAAUAGCAAUAAUAAUAACCAACAAGCCGAUAAUUAUUAUGGUUAUCGUGAACGACGUAAUUCAACAGGUGGUAUAACAGGUAAUCCACAAAAUCAACAACGAACUACUCGUCAACAACGUGAACGCGCUAAUUCCAUACGUGGUAAUAGUAACAGUCGAUCAACAUUGAAAUUUGUUGGUGAUUUUGAUUUUGAAAAAUCCAAUGCUGAAUUUGAUAAAAAUGCUAUUGAAGAUGAAAUUAAAAAGAGCCUAUCAAUUAAAACAAAUAAAGAUAAAGAUAAAGAUGAUGACAAAUCCACGACGGAAAAAGAUAAAGAAAAAGAAAACGAUGAACAACAACCACAAACACCACAACCGCCAACAAGCUCAUCGCCAACUAAAUUAGAACAGCCACAACAACAAGAUACAAAUCCUGAAGGUUAUUAUGACAAACAAAAAAGUUUCUUUGAUCGAAUCUCAUGUGAGACAACAGAAAAAGAGAAAACUGUUUCCCGCCGUAAUUGGAAUGAAGAACGUCGUAUAAAUGCUGAAACAUUCGGUUUGAAAUAUCGUCCAGCGCAACAAGGAUAUAAUCAACGUAACGGACAAGGAGGAGGUGGCUAUUAUAAUAAUCGACGAUAUAACUCUGGCCAACAAUCAUAUUAUGGCAAUGGUGCUCGUUAUCAACGUGGUGGAGGAAGCGGAAAUUACGGAGGUGGUCAACAACGUGGCCGAAAUACAACUUACUACGGCAAUACAAACAAACGAAUGCAAGCCUAUUAA